CUGGUAAGACUAUCUUGGAAGACAUUUUGUACUCUGUUGUGUGUAUGAGACAAUGGUGUGCAUUCUGCUUAUGGCUCUGCUCCUACCUUGCAUUUGCUGUGAAAUGAAUCUGGACAAAUACUGGAUUUCCUGGAAAACAGAAUUCAAUAAAAAAUACAACACUGUGGAUGAAGAAGUAUUCAGGAGAUCUAUUUGGCAGCAGAAUGUUCUGGAAAUGAUGAAGCACAAUGGAGGACACCACAGCUUCACCAUGGGGGCCAAUCAGUUGUCAGACAUGACAGCAGAAGAAAUUAAUGCUAAGCUGAAUGGUCUGAAGAUGGAGAAUGUUCCUGUGGAUAUGAACGAGAACCUCACAGUGCUGAGUGACUCCCCUGUCCCAGACACACUGGACUGGACUGAAAAGGGCCUCGUCAGCCCUGUGCAGAACCAGGGUAUGUGUGGAUCAUGCUGGGCAUUCAGUGCAGUUGGAGCAUUAGAAGCUCAAAUGAUGAAGAAGACGGGUCGUCUGGUUCCUCUGAGUGUGCAGAACCUGGUGGACUGCAGUGUAAAAGAGGGGAACCACGGCUGUAAAGGAGGAUUCAUGACUAAAGCCUUCAGUUAUGUUAUACACAACAAAGGAAUCGACUCAGAAGCCUUCUACCCUUAUCAACACAAGGAUGGGUUGUGUCAUUAUUCUCCAGAAGGCAGAGCCGGCUCCUGUUCCAGUUUCAAGAUUCUUCCUCAUGUUGAUGAAUCUGUCCUGCUGAACACAGUGGCUCACAUUGGACCUGUUUCUGUGGGAGUUGAUGCUCAUCUGGCUUCAUUCCACAGAUACAGGAGUGGGAUUUAUACAGAUCCCCAGUGUGACUCUCGGACAGUGAAUCACGCUGUUUUGGUGGUUGGAUAUGGAACUGACGGAGGACAGGAUUACUGGCUGGUCAAAAACAGUUGGGGUACUGCAUGGGGAGAGAAGGGUUAUAUCCGGAUGGCGAGAAACAGGAAUCAGUGUGGAAUUGCCAACUUUGCCAUUUUCCCAAUUGUCUGAACUCAUCCUCCAAUUUACUUCUAUUUUUCUUGCAUCAUGCUCUCUUUGAUAAACUUCUUUAAUUACAGUGAGUUUUGUGUUGUGUCUUCUGCUGGUGAGCUAAGCAGUAGUUUUUUGUUUUGUUUUUUUACAGAAGGAAAAAAGGCCUAUUUGUAUGUGCACUUGUAUUGUGUACUUUUAUUGUUUGUCAAGAUUAAAACUCACAUUUCACCAAAGCAUUUAUCAUUCUCUGAUUUUAAAAUGAUUGUAAGCAUUUUGGUUCAAUCAAUCCGUU